GCUGGCCGACCCUGAGUAUAUUCAACAUCUACCUCCACGCGUGCGAGGGCAUGACAGUCAGGAAUGCGGCCAUUCUUGCCGAAGUUGGAGAAGAGAUGGCUGGGCUCACUCAUCCAGCACUCAUCGGAGGUGACUGGAACAUGAGCACAGAUGUCGUUGAGGAGUCGACCUUUCCGCUACAUGCGCAUGUGGAGAUCACUGCGCCGAGAGAGGUCACCUGCCGCACUCCAACUUCAGCAUCCACGAUCGACUACUUCGCGCUGAGCGAGGUCAAACAUUACGGCGCAUACUCCAAGUUCCUACAGCCAAGAUGGGUGGACAUCCACUAUGAGCUGAAG